CCAAAACAGGGGGUGUACAAGUAGCGACUUUUAUUUUCCUAGUCUGGAUGAUGAAACAUUUUAAAACUAUUUCAAACUAGACAACUUAUAGAUCCUAGCAAUCCUAGAACACCAUAACCAGCUUAGAUACAAACGUGUGAGCCGGUGUCCUUUUAUUUUAAAAUUUAAAUAAAAACUUUUGUUGAAACUCGACAUGAUUGGAAGAACGAGAUUAUUUUCAAGAAACCUCGGAGUUCUUCGGAAUUCCAUAGCACAUCAGGAUGUUGCAUCACCCACAUCAUCGCUGGUCUCUGUUUGUCCUAUACAAGUUAGAGAAAAGUCAACGACUCCUAUGAACACAAUUAUUAUGUUUGUUCCUCAGCAAGAGGCAUGGGUUGUCGAGAGAAUGGGUAAAUUCCACAGGAUUCUGGAACCUGGUCUUAAUUUUUUGGCUCCGAUUAUUGAUAACAUCAAAUACGUUCAAAGCUUAAAAGAAAUAGCUAUCGAUGUCCCCAAACAAAGUGCUAUUACGUCAGACAACGUGACUCUGGACAUUGAUGGUGUCUUAUAUUUGCGGAUUAAUGAUCCCUACAAGACUUCUUACGGCGUAGAAGAUCCUGAAUUUGCGAUUAUACAAUUAGCACAAACAACAAUGAGAUCUGAGUUGGGAAAAAUACCUCUAGACAAAGUAUUUAGAGAAAGAGAAGAUCUAAAUUACAAUAUUGUUGAAAGUAUCAAUAAUGCCAGUGAAGUUUGGGGUAUCACUUGUCUUCGUUACGAAAUUCGUGACAUCAGAUUGCCAUCCAGAGUUCAAGAAGCGAUGCAGAUGCAAGUGGAAGCCGAGCGUCGAAAACGUGCAUCGAUUUUAGAAUCCGAAGGAGUACGAACAGCAGAUAUAAAUGUUGCUGAGGGUAAACGGCAGUCAAGAAUAUUAGCAUCUGAAGCUGAAAAACAAGAGCAGAUAAACAAAGCCAGUGGAGAAGCGAAUGCUCUGCUAGCUGUUGCUGAAGCUCGUGCCAAAGGACUUGAAAUAGUUUCCGCUGCACUGGGUCUCAAGGAUGGUAAGAACGCGGCUUCCUUGACCAUUGCUGAGCAGUACAUCCGCGCGUUUAAUCAAUUGGCAAAAACAAACAAUACAUUGAUUUUACCGAGCAAUGUCGGCGAUGUACCGAGCUUGGUUGCUCAAGCAAUGACCAUUUACAAGCAAAUCGUCCCACAAAAUACUGAUAUAACUGAAAUUGAUGUAAAAAAUCCUGGUCCGUCAAAAAACUACGACGAGAUCUUGGAGUAUUUCAGUGACAAAGAAGAAGCUGAAAAACACAGAGCAAAUGACGCUGAAUCUCGAUCACCGAAAUCAUUGUCAUAG